AUGAACACCUCAACGCCGACGAUCGUUCUCAUUCAAGGCUCCUUCCAGACCCCCCUCGUUUAUGAACAACUCAGAACCGGCCUUGGCAAGGCGGGAUAUCCCUUCGUCCACCCCAAACUCCCAAGCAUUUGCACCGGCAUCAACGACAGCGACUUUCUUUCUCGCACACUGAAAGAUGCCGCGGACGCUGUCACCACAGCCGUCCAACACCUUGCUGAGAAAAAGGAGAAGUCAUUGGUGGUUGUGAUGCACUCCUACGGCGGCAUCGUCGGCAGCGAAGCCAUCCCCAAGCACCUCACCCACGCGGUGCGGCGAACCCGGGGACACCAAGGCGGGGUUCUCCACCUCUUCUACUUUGCUGUCUUGGUCCUCCCCGAAGGUCAAUCCGUGCUCGGGGCCUUCGGAGAGUCUCCGAUCAAUGAUGUGCAGCAACCACUCUCCUUUCCCUUGUUUUUCGACUAUGUGCAUCAUUCCUCGCUGGCCCGGAGUCCAUACAACUCACAGCCAGAUAGCAGAUCCCGAUUGAAAAACGCACCGAUGCUGAGCCAGUCGGCUAUGUUGGUGAGGAAAGAUUGCGGCGGUGGUGGAUAG